GAUGACUCAUUUUCCACGGAAGUAUUAAGCUAGACCGAUAACAUCUUGCGUGUAUAAUUAGACAAAGAUUGAGUCACAAUUAAUUUCGUUCACUUUAUUUUUUAAAAAAUCGCAAUGUCUUUUACUUCUUAUUUUACGUGCUUUAUAUAAGUGUAUCUGAGUUUAUCAUUGCUAUCAACUGAACUACUGUAAUUAAUACUUACAGCUACUUGUACUCAAGAAAAAUAUAAAUAAAAUAAUUAACAGGGAGCUAAGGAAAUUAACCUUUUAUAUACAUAACAAAAAGUUAUGUAAAUAUCUAUAAAAGUAUAAUAAGUUACAUAUUGAAUUAAAAUUUAGUUAUUAUUUAAUACAAAUGGAAGGUAACUGUGAAGACAAUAAAGUAUCUAAGCCAAAUCCUUGGCCAUACAUGAAUGUGGGUUCAUUGACCAUAUCAUUUUUUACUAAAUUGGCAACUGUUGGUUUUAUUUGGAGCUGGGGAUAUCUAAACUUAAAUAUAGCAUGGUUAAUUGCACCAAUUGCUUUGGUAGCAUGGAAAACAGAACGCAGGAAAGACAACGAAUUAAAAGCAAUUACUGCCCAAGCUAGUGUUAUGGCUAAAGAAAAAGAACUAAUAAUGAGUCGAUUGGAUGAAUUACCUUCUUGGGUUUACUUCCCUGAUUUUGAUAGAGCUGAAUGGUUAAAUAAAGUUUUGUACAAAAUUUGGCCAAAUAUAAAUCAAUUUGCUCGUGAACUUUGUAAACAAAGUAUAGAACCUGCAAUAGUAGAAAAAUUAGGAGAAUAUAAGGUAAAGGGAUUUCAAUUCGAAAGGCUGGUCUUAGGUCGUAUUCCUUUAAAAAUUUAUGGUAUUAAAGCAUAUGAUAAAAAUACUUCAAGGAAUGAAGUCAUUGUGGAUGCAGAUGUUAUAUAUGCUGGUGAUUGUGAUAUUACUUUCUCGGUAGGAAAUAUAAAAGGUGGUAUUAGGGAUUUUCAGAUUCGCGGAAUAAUGAGAAUAGUUAUGAAACCACUAUUACCUGUAAUUCCUAUAGUUGGAGGUGUGCAAGCAUUUUUUUUAAAUCCACCUGCUAUUAAUUUUAAUUUGGUUGGAGUCGCGGAUGUUCUCGAUUUACCUGGAUUUAAUGAAAUUUUAAGGAAAACGAUAGUGGAACAAAUAGCAGCCUUUGUAGUAUUGCCAAAUAAAAUUGUUAUACCAUUGAGCGAGGCAGUACCAGUUGAAUCAUUAAAAAUACCAGAGCCUGAAGGUGUUUUAAGAAUUCAUGUAGUAGAAGCAAAACACCUUAUGAAAAAGGAUAUAGGAGUGUUGGGUAAAGGUAAAUCUGAUCCAUAUGCCAUUAUAAAUAUUGGAGCACAAGAAUUUAGAACAAAGACUAUAGAUAAUACUGUGAAUCCAAAAUGGGAUUUCUGGUGUGAGGCUGUGAUCUGCUCAUGUCUAAUGCAGAAUAUUAUGGUGUCUCUUUGGGAUAGGGAUGUAGUAACCAUCCCAGGUAUUCAAUAUGGUGACUUCCUUGGCAGGGCUACUAUUGAAGUUAGUAGAGUGAAAAAGAAGGGAAAUAUUGAUACAUGGAUUUCAUUGGAACAAGCAAAACAUGGUAUGGUUCAUUUACGUUUAACAUGGCUUCAACUUUCAAAAAAUGUUGCAGAUUUGCAAGCUGCAUUAAUUGAAACUCAAGAACUCAGAAUAACAUCAAUGAGUACAGCUCUUCUUAUACUUUAUAUUGACUCAGCAAGAAAUUUACCAUGUAUUCGAGGUAAUAAACAACCUGAUGUUUAUCUUGAAGCAAGUGUUGGAGGAAGCACAAAAAGAACAGGUACUAUAUUACGUUCUUGUGAUCCAGUGUGGGAACAAGGUUUUACCUUUUUAGUGAGCAAUCCACAAACUGGUGUUUUACAUAUAAAGAUCACAGAUGAAAAGACUGGUGUCAUAGUGGGAGAAAUGAGUCACAAUAUUUCUUUACUUUUAAAACAAAAUAAUCUUGAAAUUACACAACAGCCUUAUGAUCUGCAAAUGGCCGAAGUUGAUAGCAAAUUAAUAUUAUCCAUGUCACUAAAUAUUUUGAAAUACGAAGAACCUGAGCCUACUUCGGAAGAAGAUGACGACGACCACGAUAUUAAUCAACUGAAUAAAAGAAUCGAACGCCAAGAAUCAAAUAUCAGCACGAUAUCAACUAGUCUUCCAGCUAGUCCAUUGAAUAGACAACCUUCAAAAGAAUCAGUUAAGAGUUUAACACACAGUACUGGAUCUGCUGCCGUAAUUGUACCUGAAGAAUCAGGUACCGCAGAGGAGGAAUUAAUCGUCAUUGCUACUGAUCAAUCUUCUGCUCCUGUUGGAGAUCAACAGUUAUUCCACAGGAAUCCAAAUAUGACAUCAUCCGCGGGUGAAGCUAAACUAGGUCGAAUACAAUUGUCUCUACGUUACAGUGUACAAAGACAGAAGCUUAUAAUCGUUGUACACAAAAUAGCUAACUUACCUCUACCACAAAAUGAUCCGUAUAACAUACCAGAUCCAUAUGUAAAGUUGUAUCUUCUACCUGACCGUCAUAAGGAAACGAAACGUAAAACAGCAGUAAUAAAGGAUAAUUGUAAUCCAAUAUUCGAUGAACAAUUCGAGUAUGUUGUUUCUCAAGCUGAUUUAAACAGUCGCACAUUGGAAGUAUCUGUAUGUACUCAAAAGGGUUGGUUGUCGACCGGAAGCAACGUAAUGGGUCAACUUUAUUUAAGUUUGGCCGAAAUCGAUGUCACAAAAUCGUCCACAAGCUGGUACGAUAUACAACCAGAGACUAAAGACUAGAAGUUCAAGAAAAGCAAGUGGAGAUUUGAACAGUUGUUUAUAUGUUUUCGAAGACAAUCUGUUGAAUUUCCACGAUGCGAGUUUUCGAAACGCUGACGUCUGUAAUCAUGCGUUUAAACCAAAUUCCAUCAUACUAUGAAGAGUAGAAAAUUUUCGGAAGGGUUUAACCGAUAUGAAAGUUCUGAGAAAGUGUCAAUGAGUACGUCUAUUAUCUAUUUAUACUUGGACCGUCCACUGUCGUAAAACUUGUUUAAUUUUGUAGUUACUGCGCGCGUGCGCGCCGUUUCCUUUUAUGUUAUGUUAUCUACGCUUAUAGAAUAUUUUCGUCGCUAACAAGUGCCAGUAAAACAAUUUAUUGUUGCUAGUAUCUGCAUAAUAUACGUGCGAUAGUAACUUUACGCAUAUUACGAUUAUACGCAUAAUAUAACAUCUGUUAUUCAUUAAA